AUGACUAUUACACACAGUAACAAACCUUCGAAGGUAAAGUCAUUGUGCGAAGAGGCCAGAGAGAAUGGGUAUGAUGAAUCACUUGGAUGGUGGAAGAGUGUCUCACUCCGCUCUCCAGUAAAAGUGAAAAUUGUCAAGGUUUGUCGACUCAACUCUGUAAAAAAUUCCAAUACUGAAAUCAGCCUCAGAUGCAUUUUUUGGAUGCAAAAAAACAUACAAGAAGUUGAGGUUAUGGUUUUACCCGACGACUCUUCCUCAGAAAUAGAAGAGAUAAGAGCGUGGCUAAAGCAAUAUUCUGUGAAAGUACAUUGUGGUGCUGGCUACGAUGAGGAAGGUACACUCCAGCCUUGUCAAAUGCGUUUAGGAUGCUUAAACGUUGAAAUGGAUGGUUAUGAGGAAUUUCCUUAUUUUUACUGCUCUCUAGAGCAUUACCAUAAGCUCAGACUACGGAAGCACAGGCUCGAGUGCAGAGACGCAAUGCUGGAAUUCUAUUGGAACUCAAGAGGAAGGAAGUCUGGUCUGGUUACUUCAUACAGCAACUUGAAGACAACGCGUUUCCUGGAUGCAGCUGACGGUGGAUAUGGGGAGAGCAUCCCCGCUCUGUUGCUCAUUGAUGGGUGGCACAUGAAAAGGUUACUCAUCAUGAUCUGUUUCGCUGUGCUCAUUAGUCUUGUUGUCACUGUUCUUGCGGCUGCUGUUGGAAAGAGUAUAGACACAGGACUGACAGCCGGAAGUUAUACUCUUGCGUUAGUGGCGAUACUCAUUGCUACUCUUUCCUUUUUUAGUGCUAUUCUAUAA